AUGUCUGUUUCUCAGUAAAUGUCUCUGGAUUUUUAAUAGUCUUCUUUACAGAGACGAGUCAGCGAAGCUGAGAGCCUACAUAAAUGAAAAGCUAACGCGCACGGGUGAACGGGAGAGAUUAAAAGACCUACUUAAAACUCGUCUGUUUGAGUGUGGCUGGCGGGAUGAGCUUAAGGCCUAUUGCAAAGGUGAGUCUGCAUUUACAAACCCCGAAGUAUCUGUUGCUUUGAGCCAAUUAUUCAUUUAUUUUCCAGAAUAGUCUUAUACUUCGUCCUGACUGGUCAAAUGCCUCUUGCUGUCGCUUUUGACGCACAAAACUGGCCCUUUGCUAACUAGUUUUGUGUCUGCGUGAUGGGUCCGCCGUUUAGCUAUCCUCGAUUGUCAUUUGUGAUUAUGGUGCACAGCAGAGGACACGACACAUUUUGAUUUUCCUAUGCUGCGUUUUCCAUAUAUCAGUGUGGCCACCAGCGUUGCAAGUCACAGCCGGGAACCGAAGUGUUUGUUAGCGGAUACAAGGUUUAUCAGACACAAUUGUGUGCUCUAGACCUUGAAGCUUUCGCGACGGUCCUCUAAGAGGGCGACGUUUAGCUACAAUUUGAUUACAGAUUACAUGCAGACCUAUAAUUGGCGCGUACGCUUACUGUCCAUGGGUAGGAUAGCAUUGGUGGCUAAUUCCGCUUUCUCAAGCCGUUGCCCGCGGCCGUUUCCAACUUAGGCGUUGUGUAUUUGCCGUCGUUUCUGUGAGAUUUUGCCUACCCUCUUAAAUUUCGGGCAAUUUGUUGUCUGGUGCCGACGGGGAAAUUGGAUUGAGCAUGUAAGCCAGGUGUUCUGAGCACCAGCGACACCGCUUUGUCAUGCCAUGUUGUCCCUCUAUUACUGAAAAUUCCUGAGUUAGUUAUUUAGAAUUGACCAUCGGCACGUAGCGUCCGCUUGGCUGGACUCCUUUGAAGCGAACGCCUCCUUAAACUGCAGUGGGAGUUGCGUUAACUCGAGUACUCGCGUUUGUGGAUGAGCUCUAUCUCCCCGCACCACCACGUCUGCCAUGAGAUGCCAAUGCCAACGUCUGUUGAUGUUUGCACGGAUCAGGGUGUGCACAUCUUGUAGACCAGAAGUAGUUGUAAGGACGUAAAAUACUCCUUAUGUCAGACCGUCUUAUCGUUUUCUGCGGCUAUUGUAGUAGGCGAUUAUUUUGACUGCCAUGACAUUUUACUAUUUUGGAGUGGAGUACUGCAUUGCAGAUGCAUGUAAUAUUUGAAAUUCUCCUUGUUAGUAGGCGUAAGACUACUUACAAACCUGUGCCUGUUUGUAGAAAUUCCAGCAACGUGUGCUUGCUUACUCUGGUGCAUUCGCAUGUAAUUGGAGCGUGCAAUGAAUAGUAGGAUUAUUUUUCCAUAAAGUAUGGGCUUUUAGUUGCACAAAGAUUAAUCGAUAGUGUGUGGUGUUUUACACUUCAACGUUGCCGGUUGGGACAACAGCCACUUUUUUUGUCUGAGCGCCAAACACCCGGAGAUAUUGUAAUCUUUUGAACCUAUUUUCUAGAAAAGCCCACUGCGUUCUGCUCUUUGCAAACAUCGCAUUAACUGGGCUGGUUACUUAUUAGCGACCGGUUCCUUCGUGCCUAUUUUCGUUUUUGAGAUUGAGGUCAAUCGCACUUAUUUAAUUACCUGAGUCUGUGUUGGUGAACGAAGCCAGCUUUAGUAAAAAUAGUUAACGUAAAUUGCCUUAGUUUCUACCAUUACACGAAAUACAGACGGUACUGUCGGAGGUAAAACUCGCCUACGUUUAUUAUUUGCUUUGGGUCAAUGGGCGUUUGUAUCCUCCCAGCGUCCGAUCCUCCGUUGUUAGCCUUCGAACGGCCACAUUUCCACCAGCUGCUUGGAUGUAAGAACUGGGGGUAAUAGACCCUUUGCCAUUAUAAUUAUCUUCCUCUCAUCCUUCAAAAAAUCGCAAGAUCCCCCAACUUUAAGGAUGCUGGAUGAAUUAAACAUUUCGGUAAUAAAUCUUGUCUUGGAUGCUGACUUAAAUUGUUUUUUUUACUUCGCCGUAUUUUCUAUUCCAGCUUGCCUUAUAGUCUGCCACUUUUGUUUCUCCCCUUUGUUCUAGAAGUCAUACAGAAGAAGGGGUUGGAGAAUGUGACCGUUGACGAUCUGGUAACUGAGAUAACGCCAGUUGGAAGAAAAAUGGUCCCUGACGCUGUGAAACAGGAACUCAUAGAUGCCAUCCGCGCAUUCCUACCCGAUGAGGAAGAAGAGGAAGAGGAAAAAUAA